GUUCCCCUUGAGAAUCCCCUCUUCUUCUCACAUGUCAACUUGGAGACCCAGAAAUGAAGCACAUUAACUCCCUGGACUCCCAAUAAUAGUGGUUUUGGAGAUAUCUUCGCUGAAUUAAAUCGGUUGUUCGAUUGAAAAUUAUGACGAAACGUGCAUGCGACUGCUGCAAUAUUCGGAAAAUCCGGUGCAACGGGACACAGCCAUGCCAUCGAUGUCUUGUGAAUGACCUCAACUGCACUUAUUUACGUCAGCUCCGAAAAACAGGCCCUCGUAACCUUCGUGCAUCAUCGAUCCAGAAAAUAUGGAGGGGUCAAAUGAGUCUUACAGAAGCAGCAGUCGUCAAAGAGGCACACCACAGCUGGUCGAUAUAUUCUCCCGAGAUGAUGAUAGCCCCAGUUCUACCGGAAAAGCGCAUUCCAAUACCAGUCAUCCAGGUCGCUUUAGAAAUGUACCAAGAUAAAUUAUAUGGGAUCUGGCCAAUGCUCAGCGCAGAGGAUCUCAUACACACUCUAAAGACGGAUCCCAACGAUGUUCAGACCUACACCCUAUCAAUAGCACUAUCUGCUGCCACACUGUCGCAUCUUGGUAAAUCUCUUUCUAUCAACGAUUCGCCACAGGAGAAGGUGACGGCGGACUCAUUUGCUCGGGAGGUACGACGCGUGCGAGGAACAUUCGACUAUAUGGAGCCAGUGACACUGCAAAGCGUCCUCACUUCCUAUUUCUUGCAUACCUACUAUGGUAAGCAACCCUCGCGGUCGCAAACAGCAGCAUUUUACAUACGAGAGGCCAUCUCUUUUGCCCAGUUAUUGGGGAUGCAUACGGAGGCAGCAUACACUCGGCACUCUCUAGACGAUCAGAAAAUAAUGCGCAAGCUAUACUUUCUCCUUUUCAUGACCGAACGUUAUCUUUGCAUUCAGGAUGGCCUUCCUACUGUUCUUGAACCGAUUAAUUUACCAACUUUGGAAGGUGAACAGUUGCCUCACGUGCUUUCGGGUUUUUUGAAUUUGGUCAACUUGUUUAAUACUCCAGGAACUGAGUUCUUCAGUAAAUGGACUUCCCAAGUAUCCAAUGGAUUGUCUGUCAGCAGCAGACAGUUACUUCUUCUGCAGAGGGAACUGCAAUUACCGACCGAGAUUCCGACAGAAGCUACGGAUAUUCAGAAGAUUGACAUCUUCGCGACAAGGCAUUGGAUCCGGUCACUUGCAUGGAAACUGUGCGUCCAGCAAGGUUAUAUUACAACAGAAGCGCGGAAGGAAAUGAAUUUGUUGUACCCGCAUCAAAUUGCACAAGACGCCUUAUCAGAGAUAGCCCACAUUUCACCCUACGCAUUCGAAGUUCAUGGACCGGGGAUGGACGUCAAAAUGACUGAAGUUGCUAUGGUACUGGCAGACGCCAUUCUCUGCUUGCCAGGGGAAGAAAAUAUUGGCCGUUCUUCAUUUGUCGUCAAGCCAAGAGAAACGCUGAAGAUGCUCUGUGAUAUGAUCUUCUUGACAAAACCUAUCCUCCCGGACCUUCGAGAAUCGCUAUGUCAGAAACUGGAAAUAGCAUUGGGAGGUAGUAGUAUCUGUCCGUCUAUUGAAGUUCUAGACGAUCAUGAUUUCCUUCAGAUCAUAGGAGCAUCGGAUACACUAUCUGAUGGCAUUAUAAAUUCUGCGCAAGGAGAAAUUCUUGAGGCCCGAUCUUUUCCUUCCCUAACGCUGCCGAUGUUCGAUGGUCGAGUCUCAGACAAAGUGCUUGGCUUUUCUGCUCAUAUGGAUAUUACAGUUGAAGAUGCUGAUUCACCUGUGGAACUCGUGUGACUGUAAAGAGCUAUAUCAGUUGACGGCUAGGUAAUAUAACACAACAUUUCAAUGUUACUAUUACGAUGACUUCGAAUUCAUUCAUUUUAAUGUUCAAAUGUUCAUGCGCUACUUAGCAAAGUAAUCUGAGAG